CUCGCUGGGAGGAAAGGGACAUGCGCGGGCGCGCUGCUUCCUGCUCGGCUGCUUCUCCUCGGUCUGUCUGUGUUGAUAGCGGCUCCUGCUCCCACACGUGCGGUGCUUCAUAUGUGAAUCUCUCUCCUCUGAACCCGGCCACAGAUUCAUCCUGCUCCGUCACAUCAGGUGCAAAGCCAUUCAAUCCAAUAACCAUGGGGGCUUAUCUGUCGCAGCCUAACACGGCCAAGACCUCUUCCGAUGGCGGCAACAGCAACAUGAGCUACGGCUACUCUGCUAUGCAGGGCUGGCGUGUCUCCAUGGAGGAUGCUCACAACUGUAUUCCAGAGUUUGAUGAGGAGACCGCCAUGUUCGCAGUAUAUGACGGACACGGAGGUGAAGAGGUGGCUCUCUACUGUUCAAAGUACCUUCCUGACAUCAUCAAGGAGCAGAAGACUUACAAAGAUGGCAAACUGCAAAAGGCACUGGAAGACGCCUUCCUGGCUAUCGACAGCAGAAUAACCACAGAGGAAGUCGUCAAGGAGCUGAUCCAGAUCGCUGGACGACCCACACAGGAGCCGCCCGCUGAAAAGGUGUCAGAGGAGGAUGAUUUGGACACAGAGGAGGCAGCCUUGCUUCACGAGGAGGCUACAAUGACCAUAGAGGAGCUGCUGGUUCGCUACGGCCAGAACCGCAACGCUGUCAAACAUGCUGCCCUCAGUGCGGCUGCUAAGAAGGCGUCCUGCCCACAGCCCGAGGCCUCUGGAGACAAAGUGGUAGGUGGGGAAGGACCAAAGAAAGAGGGGCUUAACGGACAAUUGGAGGAGGAGAGCAACGGGAAAGUGAAGCAAGGGGAAGGAGCAGCCUGUGCGUCCAAGCUGCGGGCCUGUCGGAGAACAGGGGCGGGAGAAGGCAGUGGUGCAGCAGCUGACAGUGGAGAGUCUGGGAGCUCCAAUGGAGAAGAAAAGGCCGGUAAGGCCGAAGGAGACGCAGGUCCUUCCUGCUCCUCUCUGCCCUCCAAGGCUGGAGGAGACUCCAAGUCCAGGUUCUUUGAUGACAGUGAGGAGUCUGAGGAGGGAGAGGAAGAGGGCAGUGACGAAGAGGAUGGUAGUGAAGAGGAAGAAGGUGACAGCAGCGAGAUGGAAGAAGAGGAAGAUACAGAGGAGGGCGAGGAAGACUCUGAGGAGGAAGAAGAGGAGGAAAUGUGUCUACCUGGAAUGGAUGGCAAGGAGGAGCCUGGAUCAGACAGCGGCACCACAGCCGUCGUGGCUUUGAUCCGAGGGAAGCAGCUGAUCGUGGCCAACGCUGGGGACUCACGCUGUGUGGUGUCUGAACGGGGAAAAGCUGUCGACAUGUCUUAUGACCACAAACCAGAGGAUGAGUUGGAACUGGCUCGCAUCAAAAAUGCUGGAGGGAAAGUGACCAUGGAUGGACGCGUCAACGGAGGAUUGAACUUGUCCAGAGCUAUCGGUGACCACUUCUACAAGAGGAACAAGACUCUGUCUCCAGAGGAGCAGAUGAUUUCUUCGAUGCCGGACGUCAAAGUUCUGACCCUUAACGAGGAGCACGACUUCAUGGUCAUCGCCUGCGACGGCAUCUGGAAUGUGUUGAGCAGUCAGGAGGUGGUGGACUUCAUCAGUGAGAGGAUCAAACUGGACCAGAGUGGCAAGGCCAGACCACUCUCAUCUAUUGUGGAAGAGCUGGUGGACCACUGUUUGGCCCCAGACACAUCUGGAGACGGGACAGGAUGUGACAACAUGACUUGCAUCCUCAUCACCUUCCUGCCACACCCAUCAGAUGACACAAAGAAGAGGAAGCACCCGGAAGAGGCAGAAGGGACCGAGCCCGAGGAGAACGGAAAUGACAGCAAAAAGGCUAAAAGUGAUUAGAGGAAAAAAGAAACUGUCGACAGGAGAGCAGCUGGUCCCAGACUACCCCAGAUACACCAGAGACACAUUCUGUUUAAAAUUAAAUCCUUACCUCACAAACAAAGAAUUUGCCCCAAGACAGAAAUCCCAACUUCUAUAUGUUUGCUCAAAGAACAGCUGAACAACGAUCAUCAGUAUAGUUCUUAUCAUCUGUUUUAGGUGGAUUCUCACUUUCACACCCCUCCAGUCGUUCCUUUUGUUUGGUUUUGGUGGAAAGAAGCUGGACACAGUUAAACCCCUUAAAUCUAGAACAGUCGGACUGAAUACUGCAUCACUCACCAUGAAUUUAUUACUGUCUAACUUGGCUUCAUGCAAAGGUAACAUUAGAAAAAUGGUCGAUUCAGAGGAUUUUACUGUCCUUUGUCGCCCAGAUUAAAGCUUCAUGAUGCCAUGGGACUGUGAAUGUGAGUCUAGUGUUGCACUGAAUGUGUUGACCUCCUCCGUUCCAUGCUACAUCCAAACUAGUAUGUUUUUUUCCUAUUUUGAAUUUUCAAGCCCCUAAAUAGAAACUUUUGUAAACUGUACGCCCAAAAUAUAUUUAACUCCAUUGCAUUUAAAAACGUAGACUUAAAAAAAUGAUGGCACAGAUGUUAGCACGCUCGCUUACUGAUUGGAUGUUAUCAUUCACAAAGUAUCCUCCCCUGAGUCAUCACGCUCUUAUCACGUAACCUUUUUCCUGAACAAAACAAACUGCAACAGCCUCGAUCACCAGUGGCGUGUGCAACUUGGAUGUUUAAUACCUGCAACAGUUCCACCUCGUCAGUUCAAGUGAAGAGAUCACUUGUCAAACUCAGACGAUGUGCUUCCUGUCUGCACUGGUACACGCAUGCUCAGUGUAUGGGACUGGUCAUGUGAUUUUCAGGCGUGUAUGUAUGGACUGAGAUCAUUUUGGUUUUGAGUUGAAAACAUAUUAUCAUGGAUGUACACCAGGCUCAUCUCUGAUAGUUAUCUCACAGAGAAGAACUUAACGAUGUUUAGGUUCUGGUCCAGUUUCUUUACUUCAACAUUUAUACAUUUUUCUUUCCAUUAGCACACAUUGGUUUUUUUGUCUCGCUGGUCACAUAAUCUCCCAGAACUUCACCAUUAUCCUGCCUUUCUUUUGAUUCCUGCUUUGUGUCUUGUCUUGAUCAAAAAUCUGUAAAUUUUCAGACGGCGAAAAGAUGUCAUGGUUUUGGGAACGAGUGUAUUUUCAUCUAUAAGAGAUGAUAGCAUGGAAACGGAGGCAAGCCUUAGGUGUCUCUCCAGAGAGAGGUGUUGAUAGAAGCCAAGAACGAGCCCUCAACACGCAGCUCGUCUCCAGGACUCUACCUUCCUCCACCCAGUCACUCUCUCUGUCCCGUUUCCCUUCUUACACCUUUUAAAGACUAUCUCUUGAACAUGUGUUUUAUUUAAACCGUAUUUCCACUCAAAUGUUCAUAUAUUUCAUUUUGGAUGAAUUAGUCCUUUGGCAGUUUUUAAAAAUAAUCCUUUUUGUGAGCACACUCUUGAAAUGUCUUGACCCUGGACUGCGGAGAGAAUGCACAAGGUUCAUUUUUUGAGUGGAAAUACAAUUUGAAUUUCUGAGCACCAAGACAGUGUAACUGUUAAAAGAAAUUUCUUUAUUUUCAGAAGCCUCAUUUACAACCAUGUCAUGUGACUGUAAGUUUGUUUCUAGUGUUCUAUCUCGUCACCAUGCCCUUUUUUCUGUACAUAGUUUUUUCAAUACUUGUAAUUGGAGAAAAAGAAAAUGCUUUUUCUUUGUAAUUGUGAGUCAAUGUGACAUUUUGGUGCAUACUCUUUUGACACCAGUAUGUAAGUACAUACAAAUACAUUUUUUUAAAUAAUGCGA